UGUGUCUGCUUCUCUGCUUUAUCGUUAACUUUUAUUCUUAUUACAUCUGUGAAAGGUUUCAUCAACGCCGACAAAAUAUAAUAUUUUUGCGACAGCCUUGGCAUUUGAACAUUGUCAGUUGUUUAAAGCGGAUAGCUGACAGUUAUAUUCUUAAGAGCGCAUUAGUGAAGCCGUGUAAAAGAAAUAUCGUGAAAAUGUGGUCGUUUCAUAGUGAAUGCACCAGUAAAGUAAGACUCGUUGGCAAAACUGUGGUUAUAACAGGCUCGAAUACUGGAAUCGGCAAGGAGACCGCUAGAGAUCUCUAUAGAAGAGGAGCAAGAGUAAUUUUGGCUUGUCGUGAUGUACAGAAAGCAAAUAAUGCGAUUGAAGAUAUAAAAGAAAAUCCUCCUUCAAGGCCAGACAGAGAACAAUUUCAAGGUAGUCCAGGCGAGCUCGCAGUCUAUCAGUUAGAUCUCACCAAGCUAAAAAGCGUAAGAGAAUGUGCCAGAAACUUGUUAAAAAAUGAACCGGCCAUUCAUAUUUUGAUAAAUAAUGCCGGUGUAAUGAUGUGUCCUCAAGAAAAGACCGAGGAUGGAUUGGAUUUGCAGUUACAAACAAAUCAUAUCGGUCAUUUUCUUUUAACAUUUUUGUUGCUACCAAAAAUGCAAUCUUCUGGUCCUGGUUGUAGGAUAGUGAAUGUUUCAUCAUGUCUUCACGCUUAUGGCGACAUACAUGAAGAUUUAAAUAUGGAAAAAACAUACUCUCCCUUCAAAGCAUAUGCACAAAGUAAACUGGCAAACGUAUUAUUUACCAAAGAACUCGCUCGUCAGUUACAAAAGGCAAACAUUAAUGGAAUAAACGUAUAUUCCUUGCAUCCUGGCGUCGUAAUGACAGAAUUAGGUCGACAUUUUAAUACAACAAUGUUCCCGGGAGCAAACUUUAUAUAUAGAAUAUUUUUUCGACUAUUUUUAAAAAGUUCUGAACAAGGAGCACAAACGAUCAUAUAUUGUUCAGUAGACAAACUGGCAGCUAACGAGACUGGUCUUUACUACAAAGAAUGUAGUACUGCGACUCCACAAUGGCGAGUGCAAGAUAAUCAAAUUGUCAAAGAUUUAUGGGAUCGAACAUGUCGACUUUUGAAUUUGGAGCCUGACAAAGAUUUCCUCAGAUUUUUGAAAACUAUUUCACAACAAAUUGCUGAAUAAUGUAAUUGUAUUUAACUAUCAUUUUAACUUAUUGAUAUUAUAUAUUAUAUUAACUUAUACGAUUAAUUAUGCUUCAAGUUUAAAAUAAUGUUUUACAAAUAAUAUUUGAAACAAGAAUAAAAAUAUUAAAUUUAUUUCUUUAACAAAAAAAAUAACUUAAUUUAAAUUAAAUUUCUUUUUAAAUUCAAAUAAUUUAUUGUUAUAAUAAUUAUUAAUUUUAUAAUUCAUAAUAUUUUAUUAGUUUUGUUAUUUUAUUAUUAUUUCUAUUUUAUUU